AGGAAGGGCUGGGUGCGGAGCUGUUGAGUGCGGCGGCGGCUCCUUCAGGCUUGUGGGAAGGCGGCUGGAGGGCCUGCGUGCGCGGUUAGGAGCGGCCCGGAGGGAGGGGAGGGUCGUUAGCUGAGAAGUGCUUGGCUCCUUAUCUCUACCUUCAGGCCUCAGAGGAAGGGGUGUUCCUGCAGCUCUGACAGCUCUGAGGCGUGGAAUCGAAAGUAAAACUGCCCGCCUGGCUCUGCAGUCCUGUCGUAUCGCUCCCCUUUCCCCCCGCCCCGCCGUUCUGUGGCUCUGAUUUCCUGUAGAGCUCCACAUCUCGUUUGUCAGAAACUUGUGGUGCCUAGGCUGAUUUUUCUCUGACGAGCCAUCGUGUUUUCGUAUGUCCCUAACUUAAAGUUAAGAGAAACUUUAAUUGCAAUUCACGUUCCCCGAGACUUUUGAUUUUUUUUUUUUUUUUUGGUGAUGUGCUUUUUGAUGAAGUUUGUCUUUUGCUCUUUGAGUUUUCCAAAGUGUCAGAAGUGGGACUUCCUGUCUUUGUUCUUCAUUUCCCUUACCUAACAAAGCACCUGCAUAAAGGACUGCUGAUGUGACCAAUUGAAAUUGUAGUACCAAUAUGCAAAAUAUGUGAGGUAAAUCACUGUAGUUAAUUAGUAAAGUUGUAAAGUUUGUGCGUUCUCCCUCCCAGCCAAAGCUGUGUUUGUAAGGAUUGAGAUUCUGGUACUGCAGUCUGUAACAACAGAGCUUUAUUGAUUUGUGAGUAUUUAGCAUAUCAGGCCAAGGUGGUGAUGUUUAUCUUUCUGUUCUGAAUGGUGGCUAGAUUAGUGAUGCUGAAUAACUUCUAUUAAUCUUUUAUUUCCUUUAGAUUAAGUAUUUACAUAGAUGCUUCGCCAUAAAUGUUACCUUUGUAUUUCAAGGACUUUUUUUUAAAGUAAAGUUUCUGAGCCUGGAGUAUUGUGAACCCCAUUCCAUAAAUGUCUCAAAUACUGAAGUUAGUAUGAAAAAAAAAAACUAAGUAGAAAUUCAGCUACGAUUUUAAAAGAGAAAAUUAAAAUGAGUUAAGGUGGUUUAAGUAGUGAAAGAGUUCAAUGGUAUUCUCUGGGAAAAGCAGCACCUUUAAGUGUUGGAAAUAAGAAGAGUUUCAGAGAGUUCAGAUAUCAUUUUGGAAAUAUAUUGCUGAAAGACCAAAAGCUUAUGGACCCAUUGUCUCCCGUGUGUCUUGUCCUUUCUGAUUGCCAGCAACGAGCACUAAUUCCUUCUGUCAGCUUAUGAAGCUCUUGUCAUUAUCUGCCUUUCCACUAGUGCAUUCACGUAAGCAUUAGAUACAAAAUAGAAGUUCUGUUAAUGUGUAUCUUAAUGCUUCCUUACCAUUCUGUUUACCUGGACCCUACCUUGCAACCUAACUUCAUGUGGGAACGAGACCAAGGCAGGCCUUCUCUACCUGUUACCAUUUUUCUCCAUUUCCCAUUUUUAGUGAACCAGUUUCAUCCAAUUUAGAUGUUUUGAAGAUAUAAAACUGUCUACAGAUCUUAUAAUAACCAGUAGCUGAGGGGGAAAAAAAGACUGAAACUAACCUUCUCAGGAGAGAAUGGCUAUAUAGCAUAUGCUCUGUGGGCACUUCUGUUCUGCUUGUGUUGUUGGCUGGCCCAUGCAAGCUGACCAGUGAAUCAGUCUGUGUAAAGGUGGAAGCCACCACGCUUUGCUGCCUCCUUUAAUAAAUUGGUGGUAGGGCAUAAAUGAGCUGCCAGUACAAAUAUGGUAGAUAGUGAGCAGUGUUGUAUCUCCUGUGCCAUAGGUCAGUAAUCUGUUAUAAACUAAUUGUUUGGCACUGGGUUUACAGGGUGUGGGGGUGUGGAAAGUAGAUAAUUUUGCCUUGAGAAAUCAUAGUGUUCCAUCCCUUUUAUCACAUCUUUUUGUCUUACUUUUAUACAAGCAAACUGGAUCUUUAUUGUGAGUAACUUUCCUGGUGGGAAAAUGUUUUAAUAUAAUUACUGGGGAGUCUUCGUGCAAUGUGGCACCAGAUGUAAUCUUGCUUGUAAUAUGUUACAGCAAUGUUUAAGUACUGAAAACCUCCCUUCCUCCCACUUUUUUUCAGUGGUGAUAAAGGCAGCUAAACUGCUGUUUGCAACUAUUGGAACUAACAGCAUGGAUUCACAGUGCAAAAAGAUUAAUGGACUUAACACUGCUGAAUGUGAAAUGAGUGCAGGACUCCCACCUCCCAGAUGAGUCUACUUGCCUGGGUAAGACAAUGCCAGCUGAGCGCAAAAAGUCAGCAAAUAUGGAUGAAAAAGAAUCUCUGCUAAAUAAUAAAGAAAAAGAAUUUGUUGAAAGGCGACCGGUGAGCACCAGGGAGAAGCCAAAAGAUGAUGUCAAAGUUGGGGUAAAGAGAGAGACUGUAAAGAUUCCUGAAGAUAAAAAGAAAAAACUGGAUGAGGAUAAAAGAAAAAAAGAAGACAAAGAGAGGAAGAAAAAGGAAGAGGAUAAAGUGAAGGCAGAAGAAGAGCAAAAGAAGAAAGAAGAGGAAGAAAAAAAGAAACAUGAAGAGGAAGAGAAAAAGAAACAAGAGGAGGAAGUUAAACGUCAACAAGAAGAAGCAGCUGCUCAGCUGAAAGAAAAAGAGGAAGCACACCAGUUGCAUCAGGAGGCUUGGGAGCGCCAUCAGGCAAGGAAGGAGCUUCGCAGCAAAAACCAGAAUGCACCAGACAAUCGCCCUGAGGAAAACUUCUUCAGCAGAUUAGACUCCAGUCUGAAGAAGAACACAGCUUUUGUUAAGAAGCUAAAAACCAUUACAGAGCAACAAAGGGACUCCUUGUCCCACGAUUUUAAUAGCCUGAAUUUAAGCAAAUACAUUGCAGAAGCAGUAGCUUCUAUUGUGGAAGCCAAACUGAAAAUAUCAGAUGUGAACUGCGCUGUGCACUUGUGUUCUCUCUUUCACCAGCGCUAUGCUGAUUUUGCCCCUUCAUUGCUUCAGGCUUGGAAAAAGCAUUUUGAAGCAAGGAAAGAAGAGAAGACUCCCAACAUUACAAAGCUAAGAACUGAUCUGCGUUUCAUUGCAGAAUUGACUAUAGUUGGGAUUUUCACUGACAAGGAAGGUUUGUCUUUAAUCUAUGAGCAACUUAAAAAUAUUAUUAACGCUGAUCGAGAAUCCCACACUCAUGUUUCUGUGGUGAUCAGCUUUUGUCGGCACUGUGGAGAUGACAUUGCUGGUUUGGUACCAAGGAAAGUAAAAACUGUUGCAGAGAAGUUUAACUUGAGCUUUCCUCCUAGUGAGAUAAUUAGUCCAGAGAAACAACAGCCCUUCCAGAAUUUAUUGAAGGAAUACUUUACGUCUUUGACCAAACACCUGAAAAGGGACCACAGGGAGCUACAAAAUAUUGAAAGACAAAACAGGCGCAUUCUUCACUCCAAGGGUGAACUGAGUGAAGAUCGACAUAAGCAAUAUGAGGAAUUUGCGAUGUCUUAUCAGAAACUGUUGGCAAAUUCUCAGUCUCUAGCUGAUAUCCUGGAUGAAAAUAUGCCUGACCUUCCCCAGGACAAACCAACACCUGAGGAACAUGGACCUGGCAUUGAUAUUUUCACACCAGGAAAGCCUGGAGAAUAUGACCUGGAAGGGGGUAUCUGGGAAGAUGAGGAUGCUAGAAACUUCUAUGAGAAUCUCAUUGACUUGAAGGCUUUUGUGCCAGCAAUUUUGUUUAAAGAUAAUGAAAAGUGUUCUCAAAGUAAGGAUUCCAGCAAAGAUGAAUCAAGAGAUUCAAAAGAUACCAAAGAUAAUAAGGAAGCAGCUACUGGGAGUGAGGAUUUGGAGUUGGAGCUGGAGAACCUGGAUAUUAAUGAUGACCCACUGGAACUGGACUGUGGAGAUGAAGCUGAAGAUCUUACAAAAAAGCUUCUUGAUGAACAAGAACAAGAGGAUGAAGAAGCCAGUACUGGAUCUCAUUUAAAACUUAUAGUUGAUGCUUUUCUUCAGCAGCUUCCAAAUUGUGUGAACAGAGACCUCAUAGACAAGGCAGCCAUGGAUUUUUGCAUGAAUAUGAAUACAAAAGCUAACAGAAGAAAACUAGUACGAGCACUUUUCAUAGUUCCUAGGCAAAGGUUGGAUUUGCUACCAUUUUAUGCAAGGCUGGUUGCCACAUUGCAUCCCUGUAUGUCUGAUGUAGCAGAGGAUCUUUGCUCCAUGCUGAAAGGAGAUUUCAGAUUUCAUGUAAGAAAAAAGGACCAGAUCAACAUUGAAACAAAGAAUAAAACUGUGAGGUUUAUUGGUGAGCUUACCAAGUUUAAGAUGUUCUCCAAAAAUGAUACUCUUCACUGUUUAAAGAUGCUUCUGUCGGACUUUUCUCAUCACCAUAUUGAAAUGGCAUGUACUCUUUUGGAAACCUGUGGAAGAUUUCUCUUUAGAUCACCAGAAUCUCACUUAAGAACCAGUGUUCUUUUGGAACAAAUGAUGAGAAAAAAACAAGCAAUGCAUCUUGAUGCACGCUACGUUACAAUGGUAGAGAACGCCUAUUAUUACUGUAAUCCCCCUCCAGCUGAAAAAACUGUGAAGAAGAAACGUCCUCCCUUACAGGAAUACAUUCGUAAGCUUCUUUACAAGGAUCUCUCAAAGGUCACCACAGAGAAGGUCCUGAGACAGAUGCGCAAACUGCCUUGGCAGGAUACAGAAGUAAAAGACUAUGUCAUAUGCUGCAUGAUCAACAUCUGGAAUGUGAAAUAUAAUAGCAUUCACUGUGUAGCCAACCUCUUAGCAGGGUUGGUCCUUUACCAGGAAGAUGUUGGAAUUCAUGUUGUGGAUGGAGUGCUGGAGGAUAUUCGUCUAGGAAUGGAGGUUAACCAGCCAAAGUUUAACCAGCGGCGGAUCAGCAGUGCCAAGUUUUUGGGGGAGCUUUACAACUACCGCAUGGUGGAAUCAGCUGUAAUAUUUCGAACUCUAUAUUCGUUCACAUCAUUUGGUGUGAACCCAGAUGGUAGUCCUAGUCCAUUGGAUCCUCCAGAGCAUCUUUUCAGAAUCAGACUUGUGUGUACAAUCCUUGAUACCUGUGGGCAAUAUUUUGACAGAGGAUCCAGCAAACGAAAACUUGAUUGCUUCCUUGUAUACUUUCAGCGGUAUGUUUGGUGGAAGAAAAGUCUGGAUGUCUGGACGAAAGACCACCCAUUUCCUAUAGACAUUGACUAUAUGAUUAGUGAUACACUGGAACUCCUCAGACCAAAGAUAAAGCUCUGCGGUUCUCUGGAAGAAGCUAUCAGACAGGUGCAAGACUUGGAACGAGAAUUCUUAAUAAAACUAGGUCUUGUGAAUGACAAAGAUUCCAAAGAUACCAUUACAGAAGGGGAGAAUCUGGAAGAGGAUGAAGAAGAAGAAGAAGGUGGAGCAGAAACAGAGGAACAAUCUGGAAAUGAAAGUGAAGUCAACGAGCCAGAAGAAGAGGAGGGCUCUGACAAUGAGGAGGAAGAAGGUGAAGAAGAGGAGGAAGAAAACACUGAUUAUCUUACAGAUUCUAAUAAAGAAAAUGAAACAGAUGAGGAAAAUACAGAAGUAAUGAUUAAAGGAGGAGGACUUAAACACGUCCCUUGUGCAGAAGAUGAGGACUUCAUUCAGGCAUUAGAUAAAAUGAUGUUGGAAAAUCUUCAGCAACGGAGUGGUGAAUCAGUUAAAGUGCAUCAGCUGGAUGUUGCUAUUCCUCUGCAUCUCAAAAGCCAACUGAAGAAGGGUCCCCCACUUGGAAGUGGGGAAGGAGAAUCAGAGUCUGGAGACACCAUGCCUUUUGUCAUGUUAACAAGAAAAGGCAACAAACAGCAAUUUAAGAUCUUAAAUGUACCGAUGUCUUCCCAACUUGCUGCAAACCACUGGAACCAACAGCAAGCUGAACAGGAGGAGAGAAUGCGGAUGAAAAAGCUCACUUUGGAUAUCAAUGAACGCCAAGAACAAGAAGACUACCAGGAAAUGUUGCAGUCUCUGGCACAGCGUCCAGCUCCAGCAAAUACAAAUCGUGAACGGCGGCCUCGUUACCAGCAUCCAAAGGGAGCACCUAAUGCAGAUCUAAUCUUUAAAACUGGUGGGAGGUAG